AGAGGUACCAGUUCAAAUUCCAAUGAUGAAGUCACCCUUGGACAAGAUCCAACUGGCUCCUGGGCAAGCAUUGCCUCCUGGAUUCCCUGGACCAUUCAUUUUUGCUGAUAGUCUGUCCUCUGUGGAGACUCUGUUGACCAACAUUCAGGGUUUGCUGAAAGUGGCUUUGGAUAAUGCUCGUAUCCAGGAGAAGCAGAUUCAGCAAGAAAAGAAGGAACUACGAAUGGAGCUCUACAGAGAGAAAGAAAUUAGGGAAAAUCUUGAAAAGCAGCUUGCAGUUGAGCUUCAGAACAGAACUACCAUGCAAAAGCGCCUGAAAAAAGAGAAAAAAGCCAAGAGAAAAUUGCAGGAAGCCUUGGAAUUUGAAUCCAAGCGCAGAGAGCAAGUGGAACAGGCACUUAAGCAAGCCAAUAGUAGUGACAGUUGCCUGAGGAUGUUGAAAGAUACUGGAAUUCCAGAUAUUGAAAUAGAAAACAAUGGGACUCUUCAUGAUAGUGCUGCUAUACAAGGAGGUAACUAUUACUGUUUAGCAAUGGCACAACAGUUUUAUUCAGCCUGAAAGGUCCUCGCUGGCUUUACAUAAAUGAAGAUGUUUGUGAUUCCACUUUAUCUCUGAAACUAUUCAACAUGGAGUUAUUUCAAUUGUAUUUAUCAACAAAGCUUUGUUUAUUAAAGCAGCUAUUCAAUCUAUGUUACAUUAAAAAAAAGGAACAUGUGCAUAUUUUAAAGCAAUGAUGUAAACUUUGUCCUCACAUUAGAUUGCCCAGUUUAAAAACAUGAUCUAAAUCCUAAUGUCUAAAGUAACUUGACCAUAUUUGAUGCUUUUUCUAUGCUCAUUUCAGCUUGGCUUUGUGUGUUUUAAGGAAAAAAUACAGUAGUGUGUUAGAGACUAGAAACUUAUAUGUAUGGUUUCUCUGUUCUACCAUAUGUUAAGUACACCUUCUUUGUUAAAAAUGUGCUUGCUAAUCUUCACUAUAAAUAAAAGCAUUUUGACUUUGUC